AUGAAAGCUUCAGGAUCCAAAAUAGAGCGAGUUUUAGUGUCAUCGGAUAGAAAAAGAUUUAAAAGAAAUGAUGAUGAUAAGUCCAACACCAAUUCUAUUAUUUAUCUUCCUAAUGAAAUUGUUGAUAGAAUUUUCACUUUCUUACCUAUCAAACAUGCUAUUUCUUCAUCUCUUGUUGCUAAACCAUUUUUAACUUCAUGGUUAUAUGCUCGUCAUCUUUGUUUUGAUAGAGCUUUUAGGCUAAAUUGCUCCAAAAGAGGUAGAGAUGAAAUUCCAAUUAUUAAUAAUAUCGUAAGUAAUCAUUUAGGCGAAAAAAUUCAUAGCUUUCAUAUUUAUAUUCACGAUCCAACAAGAUACUCACUUUUAUUCUUAGCAUGGACUCGAUAUGUUGCAUCAAAGGGUCUAGAAGAGCUCGUGGUACAUACAAUUGAACCUAAUGUUGAUUUUUUUCACCGUCUACAUGCUGCUUUCAUCGAUGUUGAAACUCUCCGUGUUUUAAAAUUAAUUUGUUGUGCGUUGUAUCUACCGUCAGAAUUUAAAGGUUUACGAUUCUUGAAAUCUCUUAGUCUAACUAAGGUUCGCUUCGUACCUUAUUUUAUUAAAAGAUUAUUUUCAUGUUGUGUGGUUCUUGAAUCUCUGGAUUUGAAGGCUUGUUUUUUUAUUGGUGAACUUACCAUCAAAGGUUCAAAUAAGUUUCAGACAUUGUUGAUUAAGGGCUGCAGAAACAUAAUUUUGAUCACUAUUGAUAAUCCGAGUAUUACCACAUUUCAUUAUAGUGGUGAGAUUAACAAAAUCAAAUUUGUGCAUCCAACAAGAUUAAAAGAUGUGAUUUUAAAUUUUGGUGCCACAAAGGGAUUUCAACAUCUAAGUGAAAUGGAUGAUUUGAUUGAAGUCUUGAGAAAUGUUCAGUCUCUCUCAUUUAACCAUACUCUUCUCGAGGGGUUCUGUCCAAGAUAUGUUGAAUUUGAAUACAAAAAUUUGGAGUACCAUUUUCUGAAUUUGAAGGAACUUCAAUUGGUGAGACGUGGAUUGAGUUUCGUCAAUCCUUGGGAUAUUCUUUGUUUUGUCAAGAACUGUCCCCAAAUUCAGAGACUCUUUCUUGAUUUUGGCAAUCAUGCAAUGGAAGCUGGAAGCUAUUGGAAUCUAGUGGCAAAGGAAAACUUUGACAAGUGCCAAAUAGAUUUUCCACAUCUCAAGCUAUUGAAAGUGAAAGGAUUCAAGAAACUUGAUCUUGAAAAGAAAUUAGUGGAUUCUUUCUUGAUUAACGCAAGAUUUUUGGAGUCUGUGAUUAUAGUUGAAUCAAAGAAUAAUUGUCAUGAAAUUAAACUUAGUGAUUUCAUUACAGUUUCAAAGAUAGCUACUAUUUCUAUCUUUGGUCAUCACAAGGAUAAAAGUCGUGUCUUUCCUAAGCAUGGAGUCCUGUGAAUGCAACAUAUUAUUAAAAAAUCUUUUUCA